CACGUCAGAGCGCAAAGAAAAAGAGCUCGCCGGUCUGUUCUUUACCGAAGAAGAAGAAACAAGAAAGUCUGCACUCGUCGCCUCUCCUCUCCUCGCCGCCCCUCAGCUCGCAGCUUGUAACCCGCUCUUCCUCUUCCUGCUUUAGUUUUCAUAGUUGCACAGGUGAAAACAAGCUCACACUUAGUAAAGCAAAUUCUCGGGAAGCUCACUCUUCAAAUCAAUGACGGGUAAGAAGGGCCGUGUACGAUGGGAUGAGGAUAACCUUGGUGAAAUUGAAUCCAACAAACCUGUUAGGCAGAAAAUUACAGAGCCCAAGACACCCUAUCAUCCAAUGAUUGAUGAUGAUGGUUCUGUGUCUCCAAGACGUAGUCACUUUGAUGAUUGUGUUGAUCAGCAUGCAGAAGCUAUACAGUCUGCUCUAAAUAAUGUGGGUUAUGAAGAAGGCUCUUCGAGUGAAAAAAUGGGUCCAGAGUCUGGUGAUUGGGCGUCAUCUGAGGAUGAGGCUGAUGCUAUGGGACCCUAUUAUGAAGAUUCUGAAACAGAUAGUAGUGGGAUGAGCUUUAGAGAGCAGAGAAAAGCACACUACGAUGAGUUUCUGAAAGUGAGAGAGCUCCGGCAAAAGGGUUCUUUGAUUGAGGAUGAAGACGAUGAUGAUGCUGAGAUGGAUAAGGAUGAUAGCUUGCAAGAUUCUUCUUCAUCUUUGAGUGCUGGGGUGAAAGACAUAGAAAUCGAGGAAGGCAGACCAAAUGGAGCGGGGAAACCAUGAAACCCGACCUAAGACGAGUGUGACUACUGAUUGUGUCAUCUCUCCUCUGUAGUUUCCAUAGACUUUGUUGUGAAAAGUAACUGUAUGACCAUCCGAUCCCUGUCUCAUUCCUAAUUCUUAGUGAUGAAACAAAAAGAUUCUACUGUGACUCUCGGCGUUGUUUGCUUGUAAAUAGCCUCCUCGAUUUGGACCCAUGUGGACUAUUCGAGGUCGGGGAAGCUAUUGCAUCAUGUGUUAUCUGCUUUCCCUUGUUCAACAGUUUUGAGAUGAAUGUAAAAACUAAAAACUGGGGAGGUAUCCAGAUUCUCAUUCAGCUCAUUAUCAAAGACUA